GGACUUUCCAAUGAUCAAGAAGGUUGGAAAGUUAUGCAGUCGACGCUUUUCCUUGCACUCUGAAAAGCUGUCCUGUAUAUGGUCAAUUGCCAUUGGCUAUUGCCCUCCUUCAAAAUUUUUGAUACGUGAGGAAGUACCUAGUGUGUUUCCUCGCUCUAAUAACAAUAGAAUAUUCUUCGGGAUGUUAGUAAAUAAAUUUACUAACAUUGCUCAAUUUUUGCAUUUAUGAGUAUGAUAGAAGCAUAUUGGAUUACACAGGAGCAAUACCAAGUUCAAUAAACUGCUGUGGUAAAUUAUUAGAUUCUUCUACCAAUAAAAAAUGACAACACUCCUCUAUGCUGGAAUUGCUGUCUUGGUUGGAGGUGGCUAUUAUUUAUUAUUCAGCAACAAGAAGGAAAAUAAUCAACUUGAUGAUGAUGAGUGCAUGACCGAAGGAACGGAUGAGGAGAUAAUUGUUAAUAAUGAUUUGAUACAACAGAAAAAGACAAAUACUAGAAUGUUUUUAUUUCCGAGUCUGUUCACUGAUCACAGAAUAUUUUCAAAUCAAAAGAAGGUUUACGGUGAUAUUUUGCAAGUGAUAGAUUUAUUCGAAUUGGAUGAAAAAGUAUACGGAAAAGUUGAUGAGUUGACAUUACAUUCAUAUGCCAAACAAUUGACAGCUUAUAUUGUCAAGAAUUAUGAAAAGGAAAUUUUGGAUAAGGAUUUUGAACAAUUCUUUGUUGGUGGAUUUUGUGUUGGAGGAAUGAUUUCAAUAUUUGUUGCACAAGAAUUAAUGAAAGGAUAUCCUGAAAUUGCAAAGAAAUUGAAAGGUGUCAUGUUGGUUGGAAGCUGUCCAUCUUUUACUCACUGCGUUGAUCCUCGUUAUCUAAAAAUUAAGAAGGUUGUUAUGAAUUAUUUCCCAAGAUUUGUCUUGAAUGGAAUUGUUAGAUUCUACUUGUGGGCCAACAGAUAUCUCAACAAGAUUAGUUCACUAAUGGAAUCAAAUAUGGUUUCUGUUUGGAAGGAAGAUAGAAAUAUCAUGUUAAAAUACAAGACAGUAUUGGAUGACAUGAUGUUGGAUAAGGAUCCAAAUUUUGUUUUUCAAAUGCUGAUUGCAGAAUUCAAUUUUACUGCUCACGAUUUGGAUAAUACUUUGAAAAAGGAUGAACAAGUUGAAUGGGAUAGAUUCAACAAUGAUCUCCCCAUUUCUCAUUUACAUGGUGAUAACGAUUAUUUACUUCGAUCCAACCUGUGUGAAAGCUUUGUCAAGCAACAAGUUUUACCAAAUAAGGGUAACUACAGAUUGCGUGUAAUGAAACACUCUGGUCAUUUUCUUCCUCUCACUAGAAUGAAUGCUGUCACUAAUUUUAUUUACAAUAUCAUCCAGGGCUCACCAGUUUUAUAAAUCCAUAGUACUCAUUUUCAAUU